GUCUUGAUCACAAUUUUAUUGAAGAUAAGGGUGUGCAUUGUAUAGCUGAUAUGUUAAAAAAAAAUAGAAUUUUAACUGAUUUAUGGCUUUCAUAUAAUGAUAUAAGUGAUGAUGGUGUACAAUCAUUAGCAAAUGUACUUCAAUCUGAUAAUGAAACUCUGAUUCAAUUAUAUUUAAAUGAAAAUAAAUUAAUAAGUGAUUGUAGUAUUAGUUUUCUUGUUCAAAUGUUUGAAUUCAAUCGAACAUUAACUACAUUUUGGUUACAAAAUUGUUCUUUGUCACAAGACGGCAAAGUUAAACUUGAACAAAUAGUUGAAUCUAGAAAAAAUUUUGAUUUAUAUGUAUAA